GCGAGCGUGGGGUGUCGCGAGGCUGCCGGGCUGCGGGCGCUCCGGAGCGCGGGGGUUUGCGGCCUGCGUUCGGCCGGCUCCAGCCGCGCACUACGUGAGGCAGCGAGGUCCCGCGAGCAGAGCCUGCCGGCGGCGCCCUGGGCAGUGUGGCCAUGGAGAACCAGGUGCUGACUCCGCACGUCUACUGGGCUCAGCGACACCGCGAACUGUAUCUGCGCGUGGAGCUGAGUGAUGUGCAGAACCCUGCGAUCAGCAUCACGGAAAACGUGCUGCAUUUCAAAGCUCAGGGACACGGUGCCAAAGGAGACAAUGUCUAUGAGUUUCACUUGGAGUUCUUAGACCUCGUGAAGCCGGAGCCGGUUUACAAGCUGACCCAGAGGCAGGUGAACAUCACCGUGCAGAAGAAGGUGAGCCAGUGGUGGGAGAGGCUCACCAAGCAGGAGAAGCGCCCGCUGUUCUUGGCCCCCGACUUUGACCGCUGGCUGGAUGAAUCCGACGCGGAGAUGGAGCUCAGAGCCAAGGAAGAAGAACGUCUAAAUAAACUCCGACUGGAAAGCGAAGGCUCCCCUGAAACUCUGGCGAGCCUGAGGAAAGGAUACCUGUUCAUGUAUAAUCUCGUGCAGUUCCUGGGCUUCUCCUGGAUCUUCGUCAACUUGACAGUGCGGUUCUUUAUCUUGGGAAAAGAGUCUUUCUACGACACGUUCCACUCCGUGGCCGACAUGAUGUAUUUCUGCCAGAUGCUGGCAGUGGUGGAAACCAUCAACGCAGCGAUUGGAGUCACCAAGUCGCCAGUGAUGCCGUCUCUCAUCCAGCUUCUAGGAAGAAAUUUCAUUUUGUUUAUCAUCUUUGGCACCAUGGAAGAAAUGCAAAACAAAGCUGUGGUUUUCUUUGUGUUUUAUUUGUGGAGCAUAAUAGAGAUCUUCAGGUACCCCUUCUACAUGCUGGCCUGCCUCGACAUGGAUUGGAAGGUGCUCACGUGGCUGCGCUACACCGUGUGGAUUCCCACCUAUCCCCUGGGGUGCCUGGCUGAAGCUGUGUCCGUGAUCCAGUCCAUUCCGGUGUUCAACGAGACGGGCAGGUUCAGCUUCACGUUGCCUUACCCCGUGAAGAUCAAAGUCAGGUUCUCCUUCUUUCUUCAGAUUUAUCUUAUAAUGCUGUUUCUAGGAUUAUACAUAAACUUCCGUCACCUUUAUAAGCAGCGCAGGCGGCGCUAUGGGCAAAAAAAGAAAAAGGUCCACUAAAAAGAGAGCUG